AUGUUGGUGUUGUGCAUGGAGAGAUUGUGCCAUCUCAUUGACAUGGCCGUCGUAGAAAAGAAGUGGAAACCAAUCCGGUUGUCAAGAAGAGGGCCUCACCUAUCACACGUCUGUUUUGCGGACGACUUGAUCCUCUUCGCCGAAGCCUCUAUUGCACAAAUACGAGUUAUCAGACGUAUCCUUGAACAGUUCGGUGUUGCUUCAGGCCAGGUAAGUCUGGAAAAAUCUAAGAUCUACUUCUCAGAGAAUGUGAAUAGAGAGAUGGGAAAACUGAUUAGUGAUGAAAGUGGAACUGGAGCGAUUAGAGAUUUGGGGAAGUAUCUCGGGAUGCCGGUGCUUCAGAAAAGAAUUAAUAACAACACCUCUGGAAAAGUGUUAAAGAAGGUAUCGUCGAGACUAGCUGGCUGGAAAGGUCAGAUGCGGAGCUUAGCUGGUCGCAUCACUCUUACAAAGGCGGUGUUAUCAUCUAUUACAGUGCACACUAUGAGCUCCAUAAUGCUCCCACAGUCUACCUUAGCUCGGCUAGAUAAAACUUUGAGAUCAUUCCUGUGGGGAGACUCUAUCGAUCGAAGAAGACAGCACCUGGUGUCUUGGAACAGAGUAUGUCAUCCCAAGAGAGAAGGAGGGCUGGGAAUUCAGAAAUCCAAAGAUAUGAAUAAGUUUUCUAAGUUAAGCUGGCGGCUCUUACACGAUGAUAAGUCGCUCUGGGUGCAAACUCUUUGGAGCAAGUAUAAGGUGGGAGACAUUCGGGAUGCGGCGUGGCUGAAGAAGGUUGGCAACUGGUCCUCUACGUGGCGAAGCAUAUUGCAGGGCAUGCAUGAAGUAGUGAUCUCUGGGUUCAGUUGUGUGAUAGGAGAUGGGAAUAAUAUUAGAUUUUGGAGAGAUAGAUGGCUGUCACAAACUCCGCUACUGGAGGAAGUGACAAUGGAUGUGCCUAUGGAGAUGAAAGCGAGUGAGAUGUGGCAGAGAGGAGAGGGAUUGAUCUCGCACCAGAUUGCUCAAUAUAUUACAGAACAGACGCAUCUUCAAUUAGCAGUAGUCUUACUUGAUGACAUUACGGGCGCGAGAGAUCGACUGUCAUGGGGUCAUAAUCAAAACGGAGCGUUCUUGGGUACACCAGCCUACUUGGGAUAG